AUGUGUGGAUCUUUAGAUUAGAGAAUAGUAUAAAAAGGCUCUGUUAUUCACGUGUAUUUAUCAGGCUUGUUAGAGAAAGAAGAAAGCUGACGUCAGAAUGGAGAAGAAAUUGUUAGGCAUCGCUAUUCUUUUUGUCACUGUGGUCUCAGUUUUGGCCGGCGAUCCAAACGUCCCAACAUGUCUUUGUGAAGAACCAACACUCCUGGGACGGAAAGUGAUCGUGAGCCAAGAGACUAAAGAUAAGAUCGAGGAAGCUGUUCAAGCCAUUACAGAUAAAGACGAAAUUUCAGGAAGAGGGUUUUCCAUUUUUGGUGGCCAUCCUGCGUUCAAGGAAUGUGGCAAAUACGAAUGUCGAACUGUGACAUCUGAAGAUAGCCGUUGCUAUAACUUUUUCCCGUUUCACCAUUUCCCGAGCGAGUGUCCUGUUUCAGUUAGUGCUUGUGAGCCAACGUUCGGUUAUACAACAUCUAACGAGCUCAGAAUAAUUGUACAGGCUCCAAAGGCUGGGUUUAGACAGUGUGUGUGGCAACAUAAGUGUCGUGCAUAUGGUAGUAACUUCUGUCAACGUACCGGGAGGUGCACCCAGCAGAGGUCAGUGGUUCGUUUGGUGACCUACGAUUUGGAAAAGGGAGUUUUCUUUUGCGAAAACGUCAGAACAUGCUGUGGUUGUCCUUGUAGAUCUUAAGCCUAACUCAUGGGUUUAGACACCUUAAGGACUAUUCAACAAUACCUUUUCAAAUGUUACUUUUUGAUUGUAUUUUUUAUAACUUUAUGAUAAUUGCUUAAAUGUUAAAACAUUCUAAACUACAGAACUAGCUUUCAGUAAAAUAUAGUUUGAUUUCAUAGUUAUAAUCGGAAAAUAAUCAUUAUUACUUUGUUAUACAAUCUUUUUUAUACUCUGUGUGAAUAAAUUACUGUAUGAAAUGUGCUUUGGACAUUAAAGUAAAAUAUGUAUGGUUU